GUACGGAACUCUACGGGCUUAACACGAGUCGCUUCUGGUUAUUUUUAUUAAAUUUAGGCAGAGCAAUGAUAUAACGAACUCCAAGAUGGAUUCUUCUGAAGACGACUUCUACAAUAUAUGUCUCAACCUCACCAGCGAAGAGGCUAGUCUAGGAGGCUGCAACUACAGCAGUGAAUACGAAAAUGGGGAGCUACUCGAGAAAGUCGUAUCAAGGGUUGUGCCAAUCUUCUUCGGAUUCAUCGGGAUAGUAGGCUUAGUUGGCAAUGCGUUGGUAGUUUUAGUAGUCGCCGCCAACCCUGGCAUGAGAUCUACAACCAACUUACUGAUAAUAAACUUAGCAGUCGCUGAUUUACUGUUCGUCAUAUUCUGCGUGCCAUUCACAGCCACAGACUACGUAAUGCCAAGAUGGCCGUUUGGUGAUUGGUGGUGCAAAGUUGUACAAUAUUUUAUAGUAGUAACAGCCCACGCUUCAGUGUAUACGUUAGUGUUAAUGUCUUUAGAUAGAUUCAUGGCUGUAGUGCAUCCAAUAGCAUCAAUGUCGAUAAGAACUGAGAAAAAUGCGUUACUAGCAAUAGGAUUAAUUUGGGUGGUGAUUCUAACGACGGCAAUACCAGUAGGGAUAUGUCACGGGGAGCGGGAAUACGCGUAUUAUCAUAGGAAUCAUUCGUCUUGUGUGUUUUUGGAGGAGCAGGGUUAUAGCAAGUUGGGCUUCCAGAUGUCCUUUUUCCUGUCAUCGUAUGUGAUUCCGCUGGCGUUGAUCAGUGUGCUGUAUAUGUGCAUGCUGACGAGGCUGUGGAAGAGCGCGCCGGGGGGAAGGGUGUCUGCGGAGAGCAGGAGGGGGAGGAAGAAAGUCACAAGAAUGGUGGUGGUAGUCGUCGUCGUGUUCGCUGUGUGCUGGUGUCCUAUACAGAUAAUCCUGCUGGUUAAGGCGCUGGACAAGUACAACAUAACGUACGCUACAGUGACCGCGCAGAUUGUCUCCCACGUGCUGGCCUACAUGAACAGCUGUGUCAACCCUGUGCUGUACGCCUUCUUGUCGGAGAACUUCAGGAUUGCCUUUAGGAAGGUAAUGUACUGCCCUCCGCCGUACACCGACGGCAUGUCCAGCAGACCACAGCCGACGAAGACUACCCGGACCGGCAACGGGAACUCCUGUCACGACAUAGUGUGAGAUUCGGUUCGCAGUCGAUCGCGCUUCCACUCCGUAGACCAGGCCACUAUAGUUUAGAUUGUAAUGCGCGAACGACUGUAUCUAGUUCCUCCUAGUAAAAUCCGUUUCUGAGGCAGGCGGAAAAAGGUCCUGGUUUUCUUCUUUUCUACAGAGGUAGAUUCUAUUUUAUCAAAUUCAAAAUUCUUUACUUAAUGUAGGUUGAUUGACGUCAAAAAUUAGUCUACUGUCGACUUCCAAUGCGCAAUGAAAAUGAUGUUGAUUUUUAUCAAAAUAUGUUCGUAACAAAUGUAAAUAUGUCACCGUUUUCUAUAGUUUUUCUAUAAUUAAGUAUAAUAAAAGAAUUGUCAGACUACAUACAAACUAUAGAUCCAUAAAUAAGUCGAGCAAAAAUAGCGACAAUGCUGUACCAUCCGACGACCUCGGUGGCGCAGUGGUAAAGUGCUUGCCUCUGAACCGAGAGGUCCCGGGUUCGAUCCCCGGUCGGGUCAAGAUGGAAAAUGAUCUUUUUUCUGAUUGCCCCGGGUCUUGGAUGUUUAUCUAUAUAUAUGUAUUUGUUAUAAAAUAUAGUAUCGUUGAGUUGGCAUCCCAUAACACAAGUCUCGAACUUACUUUGGUGCUAGCUCAAUCUGUGUGAGUUGUUCAAAUAUAUUUGUUUAUAUAUAUCCUUUUUUGCUUUUACAAGUUCAUUAAACGUUUUUCCGUCUGCCUUAGAAAAAAGCUAUAGCUAUACUCUUUUAGAUUGGACAAUGUUAAACCUAACAUGUCAGUCUUGUCAAAGUAUAUCUCAAAUCAUAAAGUUAGCUAUUUGACAUAAAGUCAGCUAUUUUUAGCUUGCUCAAAUAGCUAACUUUAUGAUACAUACUAUCGUUUCUAAGCAGCUGUUUUCUAGUAUAUAUUUUCUUCAAAAAGUACAUUAAAUUUUAUAAAUAUUUGUCAUAAGUGAACCCUUUCAAAGGGUAUUGUAUUUACAUAUUAAGCGAUGUUUAUUUUCUUUCAAUUUAAUGCUAACACUAAUUUACCUUGAUUCGCGCCAUUUUGUUAUGUAUAUAUGAAUAUAGCUGUAGUUAUUUAGUCUAGAUUUUGUAAUAUGCAUUCAAUUAUAUAUAAUUGUAGGUGUGAGCCCAACUCUACUAUUAAUAAUUGUGUACAGUAAUUUUUUUUAAUAUGUUGAUAGAUGUAUAUAAAAUCUUAAUAGAUAAUCUGUGAUGUAUAUAAUUAGUAUCAAAUGCUAUUAUUGAAAUAUUUUAGAUUUUCAACGGGUAUAUAAAAUGUUUGAUGUAAAUAUUACUUAUUUGUUAUGUAGUUUCUCACUUACUUCUGUAUUUUGAGCCCGAAUAUAGAAGGGAGUGACAAAAUUCCAAUAGACGUCAUUGGAUAUUUAAUUAAUUAUUACGUCGGCGUAAAUUAUCAAAUAUACAAAAUUGAUGUUAAAUGAUAAGAUAAUAUUAUAAAUAUACAUCGAACUAUCAAAGAUAGAUUAGUGUCAUAAUAAGUAUAUAAAGCUUUAUAUCAAAUAUGUAAUAUAUGUUUUCUCUAAUAUAUACCUAGAAUUAGAAGUUAGUCUCAAAGAGGCGGUAAGUUUUUACUUUGGAAGCUAGUCUAAGCACACAUAAACUUAGUUUAUGUAAUAAUAAAUUUGAAAUGUUAAGUUGUAUGUUAUACGUUAUAUGAUGGGAUUUUAUGUAUCAUGCUUUAAUAGUAUAAAUAAAUAUAAUAUUAAUGUUUUUUU